UUUACAGCGUGCAGCGUCUUUGCUCAUGCGUGAUUUGGCUCCAGCUCCACUCGGGACCAUUUGCGCACAGAUGCUUGGAGAGUGUGUCAGUGCUGUCAGCGAGCAGUCUGCGGGUCUGCCAGACGGAUCGAUGCGCCAGCAAUUAGUCAGCUCCAAUCAGCUCCCCAGUAAGCGCCCGGUCAGUCAGGUAGAGUGUGAGCUUUCUCCUCCGACAGCAGCAGCGGGGAUGUGUGAGUAGAGAGCCCGCCAGGCUCACCCACAGCACCCAGACGUGUCUCCAAACAUGGACAGGAUAGGGGUGUCAUUCCUGGACCCUUUGGAUGACUACGAGUUAAUUCAUCGGAUUGGGUGCGGCACCUAUGGAGAUGUGUUCAAGGCUCGUAACAUCAGGACGUCUGAACUUGCAGCUAUCAAGAUUGUCAAGCUGGACCCCGGUGAUGACAUCACAUCCAUCCAGCAGGAGAUCACGAUGAUGAAGGAGUGCAAGCACAAAAACAUCGUUGCCUACUUCGGCAGCUACCACAGGAACACCAAGCUGUGGAUCUGUAUGGAGUACUGUGGCGGAGGGUCACUUCAGGACAUGUAUCAUGUGACGGGCCCGUUGAAGGAGAAGCAGAUAGCGUACGUGUGCAGAGAAACCCUCCAGGGUUUGUAUCACCUGCAUGAAACGGGCAAAAUGCACAGAGACAUAAAGGGAGCCAACAUCCUUCUGACAGAGCGAGGAGAUGUGAAGCUGGCUGAUUUCGGAGUGGCAGCAGAGAUCAGCGCCUCUGUGGCCAAAAGGAAGUCCUUCAUAGGAACUCCAUACUGGAUGGCUCCAGAGGUGGCUGCAGUGGAGAAGAAGGGGGGGUACAACCACCUGUGCGAUAUCUGGGCCGUCGGCAUCACUGCCAUUGAGCUGGCUGAGCUCCAACCGCCCAUGUUUGACCUCCACCCAAUGAGAGCGCUGAUGUUGAUGUCCAAGAGCAAUUUCCAGCCGCCAAGACUAAAGGAUAAAGCCAAGUGGUCUGCAGGUUUCCAAAGCUUUGUGAAGAUGGCUCUCAUUAAAAACCCUCGUAAAAGGCCCUCAGCGGAGACACUGCUGCAGCAUCCGUUCGUGACCCAGCUAUUGACCCGUAACCUGAUCAUUGAGCUGCUGGACAUGGCCAGCAACCCUGAGCUUCACACCACCCACAUACACAGCAUGGACGACAACGAGCUGGAGGUUGGGGAAGUGGCUCCUGACAAGAUUCAGUCAGCAGGGAAGCACCUGCCUGUAGAGAGGACCCUGUCUGAAGAGCAAUUUGACCAAGUGAAGUUUGGGCCUCCACUGAGGAAGGUCACAGAACCAUAUCCUGAUUUGCAGGGCUCUUAUGAUGAUGACUGGAGUCUUUCUGGAGAUGAAGACAACUCACCGAGCCUGUUGGAAUGUGUGGAGCAAGCUCUGCAGCUGAGGAGUUUAACCAUUAGGAGGGCGCCAUCUACUGAUGGAGGUCGGAAGAGCGGUUUGUUCAGCCCGUCUACAGCCUCCCUGCCAGCCUUCAGCUCGUUAACUCCCAACGCAGAGGACGGAGACCUGACCCUGAGACCAAGCUGUACUCUGGGUCCUGACGCUGCCAUCACUGCUGACUCCACCUCCGCUACAGUGCUGGCCAGGUGCUCAGCCACACAGGACAUCAGACAGCGCUGCAGUGAUCCAUGUCUGCCUGCGGGGGAUGCUGUAACAGCAGAGAAGAGGAAGGCGACCACUGUUUCCUCUCCAAAGAGAGAGACGCCGCUGUCACCUGAAUGGAGCACGCUGAGGAAAAAGACUGAGGACUCUAGGGCUGAUUGUCAUGGACUUCCUCCUACCCCUCAAGUCCAUAUGGGAGCCUGCUUCUCAAAGGUCUUCAAUGGUUGUCCUCUUAAAAUCCACUGUGCUGUCACCUGGAUUUUACCCAAGACAAGAGAUCAGUACCUUAUUCUUGGGGCAGAGGAGGGUAUCUACACACUGAACCUGAAUGAACUUCAUGAAGACACACUAGAGAAGCUGCUCCCUCAGCGAUGUACAUGGCUGUAUGUUAUGAACAAUGUGCUGAUGUCCGUAUCAGGGAAGUCUUCCCAGCUGUAUUCCCACAGUCUGACGACUCUGUUUGAACACAGAGGACAUCUGCAGAAGAAACAUGGCAGUCUGUCACUCAGCACCAACCGCUUCACCGAGAGGAUCAACCCCAGGAAGUUUACCGUAUCUGUGAAGAUUCCUGACACUAAAGGUUGUAGGAGAUGUAGUGUAGCAAGAAACCCAUACACAGACAGCACAUUUCUAUGUGCGGCAGUUCCGACUGGCCUGGUUCUGCUGUUGUGGUAUGAGCCUCUGCAGAAGUUCAUGCAUCUAAAGCACAUAGCGAUUAAGCUGCCAGACUCUCUGCUAGUAUUUGAGCUGCUGGUGCUGGUGACGGACGAGUUUCCCCAGCUGUGUGUUGGAGUGAGAGACUGCAGCAAUGAGAAGCACCCAAACGGCCAGCAGCUCAAGUUUGAUAUUAUAGAGCUGAACAGCACACCUAUUUCAGCACCGGACAGUGGAGCACUCAGGGCAGCACAGGUAACCCAGCUGGACAGAGACACCGUUCUCAUCGCGGUAGAAAAAACUGUUAAGGUUGUGAACCUCAGAGGGCUUCCAUCGAAAGAACUGGCUGCCGAAAUGGCCUUUGACUUCCCCAUUGAAACUCUAGUCUGCUUACAGGACAGUGUGCUGGCUUUCUGGAAGCACGGCCUGAAAGGGAAGAGCUUUCAUUCAAAUGAGGUAACACAAGAAAUUACAGAUGAGAGUCGAGUAUUCAGAGUUUUGGGAACAAACAGGGACAUCAUCCUUCAGAGCACACCGACCGAUGACCCCUCAGCACUGAGCAACCUGUACAUCCUGACUGGACAUGAAAGCAGCUACUGAGAGAAAGUGGCUCAACUUCUUCCACACUCGGGCUGAGGAGAAAAGCAGACCCGUUCUAUGAUCCUGCAGCGGAAAUGACAUCGUCCUGGACUGAAGCUGCAUUAGACGGAGCAGCACCGGCUGAUCUCAUCACCUCUCCGCUGUGAAGGACACAUGUCAGUGUUUGAUUCGGUUGCCUGUCCAGACUCAAGCUGUAAUGUUGUUGGGCAACAUAUAGUACACACAUAAGACAGACGUGCAAACAUGCUAAACAUGUUUAUAAUUCUUGGGUUUGCUAAUUAAAGCUGCCAAAGGCCAAAAAUUCAUCUCAUCGGCCGAAUCUUCAGCAGGACAGAUCUGUAGAUGUGUAGAUCCACUGCUUUCAGGGUGGACCACAGACUGUAGAAAAACACCUGUGACCCCACACAUCAUUUUCUGAACUGAUGUUUUCAAGCUUUUAUUUGUUUUUUUUUUUUGCCGACAUCUUUGUCAGUUACUGGAACAAGUACAUCUGGUCUAACGGGAGGACACGCAAGCUGCAAACAGCAUGGCUGAGUGUGAGAGCCAGUGUGUAUUUACCACUGAAGGAACUGAAGUUUAAGGCGGUUGGACAGUCGGGUGUCACCUCUCAGCCGUACGAGCUGCUGACUCUGGAUUCUCCACACAGUAACGCUGUGUUCACGUCACCGUCACCGUAGUUUGUAAAUGUCGGUCACGUGAUGUCAACAUCCAAGUCAUAAUUACAACUGAGAAUCUCCCAUUUUUCUAAAAGCUCUGAAUAAUGUUUGCGCCGAAGGAUGCGGAAGCCAAAGUUUGGUGUUGAAGGUAAUUAAAGCCAAAUUGAAUGGAUACAGUGCUAUGUUGUCAGUGCUGAGUAUGUUUAAGCAUCAGACUUGUCCUCUCCUCCUCUGCCAGAUAUUUGAUUCAGCACCCAUCCUUUUUUUAAAAAUCAUUUCCCAACAUGGGAAUCUUUCCCAUCCGUCCUGAACAUGGCAUAUGUCACCAAGCCAAGGGAGCACUAAAUGAUUUUACCUGAGAGUUCAGUGGAAGUGUUUGACUCCUUCCACCCGCUGGAACAAACUGAAAAGUUUGUUGGAAAGAGGACAUCAGCUGUAGUCAGUGUGUAAUAUAACAUUACCCUUCAAAUUCACAGCUGACAGUUGAUGACAUACUCCUGACCUCCUUGUGUCCCACUGGUCCAACCUCUACAAAGCUUUGAAGAAGUAAUGAAGGUUUAAGUGUAAAACUGAACCAAAUUCCAACACUACUUCCAAGUUCCACUUAGCUUCUCAUAUAAAGUUCAGGGUUAUCUUUAUUGUCACAGUAAUUUGUUUUGCAGCAAGAGUUCACACAAUGACAGAAUACAGAGGGUCAACAUCAACAAUAACAAAUCACAUAAAGGCUUCUUUUACCGGAAACCUCAAACUGACAUUUCAACAAUUACAGUUGGAAUGAGGCUUUUACUAGGAUACUGUAUGUUUUUUUAUGCUUACCAAGGACUGAAGAGGUGUUCAUGUUUUAGUAGAUAUUCGUAGAUACUCAUUUAUCUUGAAAUAUGGACAGACACAUGUUGUCGUGGGCUUUUAGGAGGACAGAUGGAAGGAACUCUCUACAAGAAAAUCCAUUACCUGGCUGAAGGUAGCUGAGACAACAGAAAUUGUACUGUUCACCAUGAAACAAAUGUCAGUCAUAUUUAGAUUGUCAACUUGAACGUUACAAAAAGUGUGUGUAACCAAAUGCAUAUUUAGCCAAGACCAUGUGAUCCUGAAAAGCGCAUGUCAGUGUAUUUUGAAGACAGUGAAUGUGCCAGCAUUGCCACGUUUCCAUUCUGUGCCACCAUGUUGAGAGAGCUGAGAAUAUAAAUGGUCCUUCUGUUGCUGUCAUUUAUCCAUUGGUGCCAAACAGCUUUAACCAGUGACCCCCCUCAUCUUCUUUAUUAUUAUAAUAUUAUUACAUUUGAUUACAUGUGGUGGCACUGAAACUGAGUGCAGUUAAAUUGUACGUCAGCUUGUUUGCCCAACAUGUGAUUUCCACUACAUUCGAGUUCUGUGUGUAAUGAUAUUUAUGAUAUUUAUGGGAAGGGAACUGUAUAGUAACACUCAUCUUUCCCUGAGAGAUACUUGAAAGACAUAAUAUGCGUAUGGCUAUUUGUUUUUUAAGAUGAUUAUAUUGUUAUUGUGUAUAAAUUUCAUGUAUAUAACAAUACAGUAUGCGCUUAGGAUAUGGAGGGAUUGUAAUAUGCGAAAUAAAGAUUUUAAUUUCCUUUGA